AUGAGUGAUCUCUUGAAACUGGAUUUGUAUGAACUCCUGGCCGUCAACUAUGACUCCACUCAACAGGAGAUCAAGAGCUCCUACAGACGUCUGGCCCUCGGAUGCCAUCCCGACAAGUGUCCGGACAAUCCUAAAGCCGCAGAACUCUUCCACCAAUUGUCGAAAGCGUUGGAAGUGUUGACCGACGAGACGGCGAAGAGCGCAUACGACAGGCUAUUGAAGGCCCGAAAGGCGAACGUUAUUAGACAUAAGAAAUUGGACCAAAAGAGACAGAAACUGAAGGAUGAGUUGGAGAGGAGAGAGAAGUCGGCGAAGGAGGACGUGAUGUCCGAAGCGGAAGCCGUCGACCAAUUGAGUCGUGAGAUCGAAAGGCUUCGGAAGGAAGGGUCCAAACAAUUAGAGACCGAAAACGAGAUCUUAAAGCAACAAAUCGAAGAGGAAUUGAGAGAACGGAUUGAAUCGGAAUUAAUUGGGACUCAAGUCUUACCGAAACUCAAAAUAAUCAGAAAAUCCAAAGGUUUUCAAAUGAGUUCAGAGAAUAUAAGACACCAUUUGAGUAGAUUUGGAGACAUUAAUGGUUUGGUUGUGACGAAGAACCAGAAGAAAGCUUUGGUUGAGUUCAGCGAUUAUAACGAGACGUUAAACGCAUACGAAAAUCGCCACGAAUUCGAGCACUUGUUUACCACUGAAUGGAUUGGAGACAAACCAGACGUCUCAUCAAAGUCACCACAAAUGGAGACAAUGAAUACAAACCAAUUCAAAGACAUUAAUAUUAAACAAAAUGAAAGCUUUAGUUCUGAUUACGAAAGCCUUGUCUUAAGGAAUAUGAGGGCAGCGGAGGAACGAAAGCAAUUGAUUCGACAAAUGCAAGAACAAGACCUCCAAGAAGAAGGGUCCAAACAAUUAGAGACCGAAAACGAGAUCUUAAAGCAACAAAUCGAAGAGGAAUUGAAAGAACGGAUUGAAUCGGAAUUAAUUGGGACUCAAGUCUUACCGAAACUCAAAAUAAUCAGAAAAUCCAAAGCUUUUCAAAUGAGUUCAGAGAAUAUAAGACACCAUUUGAGUAGAUUUGGAGACAUUAAUGGUUUGGUUGUGACGAAGAACCAGAAGAAGGCUUUGGUUGAGUUCAGCGAUUAUAACGAGACGUUAAAUGCAUACGAAAAUCGCCACGAAUUCGAGCACUUGUUUACCAUUGAAUGGAUUGGAGACAAACCAGAUGUCUCAUCAAAGUCACCACAAAUGGAGACAAUGAAUACAAACCAAUUCAAAGACAUUCAUAUUAAACAAAAUGAAAGCUUUAGUUCUGAUUACGAAAGCCUUGUCUUAAGGAAUAUGAGGGCAGCGGAGGAACGAAAGCAAUUGAUUCGACAAAUGCAAGAACAAGACCUCCAAGAAGUAGACUAA